UUGAGGAUGCUGAGUUCCACUUCCGGUCCUGUUUCCACGAAGAAGAGCGCCUCUGAACGGUCUUGAAUAAUGUUUGACCCAAACAAGCUCCACACUUGCAUGUGAGCGACGACUUUUGGUAUUUAUUAUCGUGUUACUGUCAUGUUGUCGUCCGCUGAAAUGCAGUUUUAUUAACCGCCGUAACCUUUCCGAAGCCCGAGUGGUGCCAAGCUAGCUAGCUUGUUAGCUAGACGGCUGUAAAACUUAAUAUGAAGCUGUUAACGCAGAGAUGUGUCCAGUGUCUGACAGCGGUCAGAUACAGGCGGGUUAACAUCAACCUGAACAUCCACCUCAUGAGAUGCUGCUCCACGGUUCAGGGCGAAGUGAGGGUCAGGUUUGGACCCAGUCCCACAGGCUUCUUACACCUCGGAGGCCUCCGAACUGCUCUCUACAAUUACAUCUUUGCCAAGAAGUACGGAGGCUCGUUCAUCCUCAGACUGGAGGACACUGAUCAGAGCCGGGUGGUACCAGGAGCUGCAGGGUCCAUAGAGGAAAUGCUGGACUGGGCUGGUAUUCCUCCAGAUGAGAGUCCUCGUCGAGGUGGCCCGGUGGGUCCGUACAUGCAGUCUCAGAGACUCGACCUCUACAGUCGGACGGCCCAGCAGCUUGUGGAGAGUAAUCACGCCUACUACUGUUUCUGCAGCUCUCAGAGACUCGAACUGCUCAAAAAAGAGGCCUUAAGGACCGGACAGACACCUAGGUAUGAUAACAGGUGUAGUCACCUUCGGGCUGAGCAGGUCCACGAGAAACUGGCUCAGGGAGUGCCGCAUGUGAUCAGAUUUCGUCUUGAAGAAGGUGUCGAGCCUUUUCAGGAUCUCGUCUUUGGAUUGAAUCAUCAUGAGGUGGCCCAGGUGGAGGGGGACCCUGUAAUCAUGAAAGCAGACGGUUUUCCCACCUAUCACCUUGCUAACGUAGUGGAUGAUCAUUACAUGAGGAUCAGUCAUGUACUGCGGGGGUCCGAGUGGCUCAUCUCAACCUCUAAACAUCUACUCAUGUACCGUGCUCUUGGAUGGCAGCCGCCGACCUUCGGGCACUUGCCGCUCCUGAUGAACAAGGAUGGCAGCAAACUGUCCAAACGACAGGGGGACAUAUUCAUUCAGAGCUUCCAGACAGACGGAGUUCUGCCGGAGGCUCUGCUGGAUAUCACAACCCACUGUGGAUCUGGAUUCAACACCAGUCGAAUUGGGAGGAGGAUCGAUGAACUGAUCUCUGAGUUUAAUCCCUCAAAGAUCACGACACACUCUGCUAUGUUAGACCUGGAAAAACUACCAGAGGUCAACAGAAUCCACUUAAAGCACCGUAUCGAAGAUGAAGAUCAGUGCCGUUUGCUGAUCAAAGAUCUGCAGGAACUGAUCAAGCAGGCCUACCCAGCAGAGAUCCAGGACGCAGAAGUACUGCAUGAGGAUUAUAUCAGGCGGAUGCUACAGUUUCGUAAGGGUCACAUAUCUUCCCUUAAGGAGCUUGUGAGUCCUGCUUACUCUUACAUGUGGGUGCGACCUUCCUUCUCUAACCAGCAGGUGGCAGCGCUCACUACAGAGGCCCAGCACAUCACCUCAUUAGUGCUGAAAAUAGUAGCCGAGCGAGGCGAGGAGCUGGACUUGGAUCAACUCAGUAAAGAUCUGAAGACUGUAGCCAAGCAGACUAAAGCCACAAAAUACAGAGAAGUGAUGAAGCUGUUACGACUGGCUCUCAGUGGUCUGCAGCAAGGGCCCAGUGUUGCUGAGAUGAUGGUGUCUUUGGGGCCUGCAGAGAUCAACCAUCGAUUCCAGAAACUUGUUCAGCUCUCAGAGACUAGUUAAAGACUGGACAGACUGUUUCCUCACAGAUGGACGGAGACAGGGAGCUGCUGUAUGUUGAGCGACACAAGCAACCACCUGGUGAUUCUGGUGUCAAAGCUACCUGGGACACGUUUAAAACGAACUGCACCUCAGUGAUAUACGUUAAACAAUGCUUGAAUUAUUAUGAAUGUUUUAUAAAAGGGAUGAACGCUCA